CGGUACCUUACAAUAAUUAUAUUUAUUAUGCAUUCGUGUGAUUCGAAUAGUCACAUGAAAAUUCGUACAACAAAAAUAAUAACAUUUAAAGAAUAACUUUAAGCUCAUUUAGAAAAAUUUCCAACUUGAAAAUGGAAGGUAUAGAAUUUUCAACGCAAUCUAUUCUCGAUAAUAUAAAUAAUAUCAAAAAGGACGAUACUUUAAGCGAUGCAGAAAAAUCUGAAAAGAUUAAAUUAACAAACGAGUUCUUAGGCAAGUUUAUGAAAUUAAGACAAUGUGAGAAAUGUCAAAACUUGUGCUUCACUCCAAAGUCUUGCGAUUUUUGUAUGAAAACAUUCUUAGAAAGUAGAUUCGAUGAAUGGGAUUCCGAGAAUGAUAAAAUUAAUGCGUGGAUUCAAAAUUUUCAAAAGAACUUUAUUAAACCAGACUAUAUUAUAGAAUGGAUCCCAUAUGAUAGUUUACAGGAUAUUACUUAUUUAUCCGAAGGAGGUUUUUAUUUUAAGAUUAAAGCCAUGUGGCCAGAAGGAAGAUACGUGAGUUGGGAUUAUGAGCAACAAGAGUUAAAAAGGUUUGGUCCACAAUCUGUAACUAUAAAGUAUAUCACGAAUAAUACAGAUCAAGAUCAAUGGCUUCGAGAGAUUAAAGCACAUUUGACGCUGUCGUCAAAGAUUCUACCGGUUAUACGUAGUUACGGAUUAACAAAAGAUGGUAAUUGUUACAUGGUUGUCACGGAAAACGUUGCACAUGAUUUAAGGAAAUACCUACAAGAGAAAAUAAGUACCCUUAAUUGGGUUGCUAAAUAUAAAAUACUUUUGGACAUACUUGAUUCUUUAAGUAGUGUCCAUAACAAUGAUUUAAUCCAUGGAGACUUGCAUUCUGGGGUUAUAUGGUACUCAACUAGUCGUGAAAUCUGGUUAAUUGGCGACUUAAGAUUUUGUCGACCGAUUGACAAUCCAUCGAAUGAGCUCUUUGGAACUAUUCAAUAUGUUGCUCCAGAAAUAUUAAAAAAUCAAAAGGAAAACAUGACCACCAGUUCAGAUGUUUAUAGCUUUGCAAUGAUUAUGUGGGAAGUGUCAAGUGGUAAUCGGCCAUAUGAUGAUUACAAUGGUGCAGAUUUAUCAGAAGACAUUACCAAGAAUAAUUUAAGACCGGAAAUUAUGCAGGGAACCCCACAAAGGUAUUCAAAAAUAAUGAGAGAAUGCUGGGAUGAUAAUCCGUCAAAACGGCCAGAUAUAAAAUCUAUUCAAGAUGAAAUUAAAAGUAUUUUAAGUGAUUAUUACAAAAAUAAUAUGCCAAAAACAGAACAAGAUGAAAUGAAAAUGAUACGUAAUUUCAAGAUGCUAAAAAGGUAUGUAAUUGAAGAGAGAUUUGAUGAAAGUUCCGCUAGGCCGAACGAAGGAGUAUCCGUCGACAUUAUUAAACAAGAUCAAAUUAGUGCCGAAAAAUUUAUUGAUGAAAUUGAAAGGAUUAGCUUUGCAACGGUGUCAUCAACAGAAUCUUCAACCCAAGUUGCAAUUAAAACGUUACGAAUUGAUAAAGGCGAUAAGAGUGCGAAUUCAUCGUUAACGAUAUAUUUAUCAAAGUUACAAGAAGUAGUAAGUAAACGGAAUCAUCAAUUUCAGCAUACUAAUAUUGUUGAAUUUUUGGGAGUUGGUACUAGAGACGAAUGCAAAGUGUUUUUGGUUAUGCCAAUUGCCAAUGGCGGUAAUUUAAGAGAUUAUUUAAAAGCCAAUAAAAAAUUAUCUAUUGAUAAAAAGUUGAAAAUUGUAAAAGAAUCCAAAAAAUAUUCUUAUAUUUGAUGAAAUUGCUAAAAUUUCAAAUAUACCCUUGCAAUUUGAGAAGCCAUUUGACAAAGCUUUCAGGAAUAGAGAUAUAUAUGCUUACGAUGAUCUUUUUGAUAAUAUUG